AUUGUUCACUAUUCUUCCAGGUCAAAGGCUUAUAAUCCCAUAAAGCCUUUUGGCAUUCUGAAUGGACAUCAGACUCAUAAUGAUGGUUAACAAAGCAUUCUUCAGAGCUCAAUUAUUCCAUAGUUACUGCUUUAAUUAAGGUUUUGAAUCUGCCAGGCUCAUGGACAAACUCUAGAUGAUAAUAUCAUCAUGUAAGAAGAGAUUAGUAACUUACAUUUGGGUUUUGUAUAUUUAACAGAGAGAAAGCAGGGUGGCUACCUCCAACAUUCACAUUUCUAGUCCAGAAUUGGAAUGGAAUAGAAAAGCAUUUAAGUUCUUACCUGUGUACCUAAGCACAGUGCUAGGCUCGGAGAGUAAUAGAGAUAGACAGCCAAGAUGAUCUCUCCUUUCAAGAAAAUCACAUAAUUGGGACAGAAAACAAAAAUGGGUUCAUUAUCUUGCUCAGGGUCAUGGUAGCCUAAAAGGCCAAAAUAGUACUGAUAUACUAGAUGGGGAAGGAAGUCUGAUCUGCAUCCCCUCUACAAAGUAGAGGCUUCAGACUGAAAUUGGGAACUCGCCAAUGGGAGAAUGGAGCAAAUCCUACAAAGAGAUUUUGGUGGGGGGCUAGGGAGUUAAAAUUUGUUUUCAAUUCCAUAUAAACAAAAAAUUUUAAGUCAUUUAAAAAAAUUUUGAGUUUCAUAUUCUCUUCCUCCUUUUUUCCUCUCUCCCCUCCUUGAGAAGGGAAGCAAUUUGAUGUAGAUUAUAUAUAUGCAGUUGUGUAAAACAUUUCCAUAUUAGCCAUGUUACAAAAGAAAAUGCAAACCAAGAAAAACAAAAAAAAAGGGAAAAAAGGAUGGUGUUACAAUAUUGCUGUUACUGUAUACCAAGGGUCCCCAAACUUUUUACACAGGGGGCCAGUUCACUGUCCCUCAGACUGUUGGAGGGCCAGACUAUUAAAAAAAAAAACUAUGAACAAAUCUGUAUGCCGCUGUCUGGGAUAGCAGAGGCUGCAGCACUGGCUGUGAUGGGCCUGUCACACCUUGCACAGGCCCAUCACCACCACCACUAUACUGGGCAUCAGUAAACACAGUGGGGAAUCUCCUCCCCCAGAUCGCUCACCUUACUGAUGUCUUCCAUUGUGCAGCCACAUAAUCCUAUGCAAGGUGCCUCAUUUUCAUUCAGUUACUCUCAGAACAAGGUGCCACGCAAAGGUAUGUCACAUCCUGUGCUCCUCUCACUGACCACCAGUGGAAGAGGUACCCCUUCUGGAAGUGCAGUGGGGGCCAGGGAGCUGCAUGUGGCCCACAGGCCGUGUUUGGGGACCCCUGCUGUAUACAAUGUUCUGGUUGCGAUGACUUCACUUUGUAUCAAUUCACAGAAGUAUUUACAGGUUUUUCUGAAAGCUUUUUGUUCAUCAUUUCUCAUAGCACAAUAGUAUUCCAUUAGAAUUAUAUAGCACAACUUUUUCAGCCAUUCCACAGUUGAUGGGCAUCCCCUCAGUUUCCAAUUUUUUGCUACCACAAAAAAAAAGACUUCUAAAAUUUUUUUGUACCAAUAGAUCCAGUGUAACUGUGGGCAAGUCACUUACUCCUAUUUGCCUCAGUUUCCUCAUCUGUAAAAUGAGCUAAAGAAGAAAAUGGCAAACUACUCCAGUGUCUUUGUCAAGAAAACCCCAAAUGGGGUUAUGAAGAGUCAGAAUGACAGAAAUGACUAACAACAAAAACUUCAACACAUACUAUAGUAAAAAUGGUAAAUAACCCCAUGAUUAAGAAACUAAGCAGUAAGGAAUAGCUAAAGAGACUGGGACAUCAAUACAACAGACAUUGUCUCAAAAAAUGGCAGAUGUGAGGAAUAUAUAGAAUUAUGGAAUGAUAUCUUAAGCAAUGAAUUGCAAAUGAAUAAUUCAGAACCAUGCAAGUGCUUGAAAUUUAAAUGAUCCAAAAGAUUAAAAAUAGAUGGGAAUAGUCAGGUGUUGGAGGGGCUCUAGAGAGACAGGUCUACCAAUGUGAUGGCGGUGCUGUGAAUUGGUCCAACAACUCUGGAAAACCAUUUGGAAUUAUGCGUAGAAAGUGCUCAAAAUGUUUAUCCUUUUUAGCUUUGAGAUUCUUCUGCUAGGCAUAUACCUAAAGGAGGUCAAAGAAAAUCCUGUAAUACCAAAAUAUACUUUUUAUACCAGUAGAUUGAUGGAAACAAAGUAGACACCUAAUGGCUAAACAAAUCAGGGUAUGUUGAUGUAAUUAAAUAUUACUGUACAAUCAGAAAAGAUGAAUUCAUGGGAACAUGGGAAGAUUUAUAUUAACUGAUGCAGAGUGAAUAAGCGGAACAACAACAACAACAAAACCCCCAAUAUUUACAAAUCUACAGCCAGGGAGCUGUGUAAAACCGAGACUACCAGGAGCAAUAGACUUCGAGUCUGAAAGAUCUGAGCUCAAGUCUGACUAAGGACCAUUACUAAUUGGGUGAUUCUGGGCAAAUCACUUACCCCCUGUUUGUAAAAUGGAGAUAAUAACAGCAUCUACCUCACAGGGCUGUCGUGAGGAUCAAAUGAGAUGACUGUAAAAUGCUUAGCACAAAGCUGAGCACAUAGUAGGUCUCCCCUCCCUCCUCUUCCCAUUUCAUCCCUAUUAGUCUUCACCAGAAAUGCAUUUCACCUGCGUGCUAACUCCCUGCAGCCUUUCUUGAUGGUAGUAGUAUUCUUUCCAUACCCAAAUUACCUGACAUGUUAACUGGCUUCACGUGAAGUAUAUUUCAGCAGCUUUUUGGCUUCACGUGAAGUAUAUUUCAGCAGCUUUUAAGCUAACCUGAGGGGUAGGUUUCCCCCGUCCAUUUGCUCAGCUCCGGGUCAUUCCUUUCCCGAUAGGCUUAUCCCAUAUCCCCGGUCUCAUCAGCUCCUGCCCUAGAUCCUUUCAAAAUUCAGCUCCAUAGCCGCUUUUCCAGCUCUCCCUAACUCCAGCCCUACGGGGCGCCCUCCCCAACCAUUGCACACCAGCAGAUUUCUGCUGGAUCGAGCCUUGCUCGAGAGGCUCUCGCAGGUACUCUCGCAGGCCCCUAAGUAUCUUGGUUCAUGUUUUGCAAUUUUUUAUUCUAUGUGCAUGUUUUCCGCAGUAGAGGGCAAGCCCUAUCUCACUUUUGUCUAGUUGACUCCAGUGCCAAAGAUACAGCAGAUACUUAUUACGUGCUCGAGGAUAGACUACCGCACUCAUCUAGUUCAAGUCCAGCCUACCUCUUCCUAGGAGGGCCUGUCCACCUGACCCCGCCCCUUUCAGAAAGCUCCCUUUCAGCCCGGCUCCUAUCAUUUCCUCUUUUCAGGACCCUUCUUCCGUCCCUACAUAAAACGACGCGCGGUGCAUUCUGGGAUUUGUAGUUUCGGUGGUGGCAUCGCACACGCGCAGUGACCAUGGGUGGGGCCACAGCCCUGCCUGCGAGCGUCGGUCAGGCUGGCUGCUCCGAGCUUUCCGAAGGAGAACGGGCCGAAGAGGGCGGGAGAGGCAACCUUAAGUCGAGGCAACAGGAACCCGGCCUAGAGGAUCUGUGGAGCUUAAGCCGAGCCUGACAGUGAAGACCCCAGACCGGGCUUUCCCAAAAAAUGAACAUGGAAGAAGAGGAGGGAAUGGCGUCUGGGUUCCUCACAGCCAAAUCCCGGAAAUCAAUGAGCUUUAAGGAUGUCUCCGUGGAUUUCACCCAGGGGGAGUGGGGACAGCUGGACCCUUCUCAGAGGGACUUAUACAGGGAUGUGAUGCUCGAGAAUUACAGGAACCUCGUCUCCUUGGAGCUUCAGGUUAUCAAACCAGAGGUGAUCUCCAGGUUGGAGCGAGGGGAAGCGCCAUGCAUGCUUGAGAGAGAAGGCCUUAUAGGCUCCUGUCCAGAUAAUGAUACCAGAUUUGGGUUCACCAUGACAGAUUCAAAGGAUGGCAUCAUUCCUAUGGAGGAAUCAUUGCAAGAAAGAUUCCAAAUGAAUGUUCCCUUGGACUGUAAGUUGGAACAGGUCUGGGAAUAUGAUGCUUUGUUUGAGAAGCAACUCAGCAAUUAUGAGAGAGAUUUAAGGCAAGUAACAAUCACCGACGAUAACACUUCCACUGAAGUGAACAAUCAAGAAUGUAAUAAAUUUGGGAGAAGUUUUGGUAUGAUGUUAAUCACUAAUACACAAGAGAAUGUUACUAGUAAAAAAAGUGUCCCUAAAUAUGAUACACGUGGAAAUGGCUUCAAACAAUAUUCAGAGCUAAUAAGGCGCAAUAGAAUUGCCUUUGGGAAGAAACCCUAUAAAUAUAACGAAUGUAGCAAAGCUUUCAAUUACCACUCAGACCUUAUUCGAUAUCACAGACUACCUAGUGGAAAGAAAUCUUAUGAUUUUGAUGAGUUAGGGCAAAGCUUCCCACAAAGGAGGCACCUUAUUCAACAUGCUAGAAUUCCUUCUGGAGAGAAACCCUAUAAAUGUAGUGAAUGUGGAAUAGCAUUCAGACAGAGCAUGCACCUUAUUCAGCAUCAGAGAAUUCAUACUGGAGAGAGACCUUAUAAAUGUAGUGAUUGUGGACAAGCCUUCAGACAGAAAAUGCACUUAAUUCGACAUAAGACACUUCAUAGUGGGGAGAAACCUUAUCAGUGUAAUCAAUGUAUUAAAUGCUUUAGUGAUAGCUGGUCUCUUGCCCUACAUCAGAGAAUUCAUACUGGAGAGAAACCCUAUAAUUGUAGUGAAUGUGGGAAAGCCUUCCGACAGAAAAUUCACCUUACUCGACAUAAGACACUUCAUAUUGGGGAGAAACCCUUUAAAUGUAAUCAGUGUGGCAAGUGCUUCAGUGACAGCUCACCUCUUCUUCUCCAUCAGAGAAUUCACACUGCAGAGAAACCAUAUAAAUGUAGUGAAUGUGGAAAAGCAUUCAGACAGAGUAUGUAUCUCAUUCGACAUCAGAGAACUCAUACUGGGGAGAAACCCUUUAUUUGUGGGGAUUGUGGAAAAUCUUUCAAUGAUAGCUCAGCUCUUACUUUACAUCAGAGAAUUCAUACUGGAGAGAAACCCUAUGAAUGCAAAGAAUGUGGGCAAGCCUUCAGUCACAGUGGAAGUCUUACUCAGCAUCAGAGAAUUCAUACUGGAGAAAAACCUUAUCCAUGCAGUGAAUGCGGUAAGGCUUUUAGGCAAUAUUCAGCUCUUGCUCACCAUGAGAGAACUCACACUGGAGAGAAACCAUAUAUUUGUACAGAAUGUGGAAAAGCUUUUAGUCAUAGUGGAACUCUUACUCAGCAUCAGAGAAUUCAUACAGGAGAGAAACCCUAUGAAUGCAGUGAUUGUGGUCAAGCCUUUACUUACCAGGCAAGUCUUACCAAGCAUCAAAGAAGUCAUACGGGAGAGAGACCUUAUAAAUGUAGUGAAUGUGGGAAAUCUUUCAACCAGAAUAUUUAUCUUACUCAGCAUCAGAGAAUUCAUACUGGAGAGAAACCUUAUAAAUGUGGUGACUGUGGAAAAUCUUUUAGUCAUAGGGGAAGCCUUACUGCCCAUCAGAAAAUUCAUACUGGAGAGAAAUCUUGUAAAUGUCCCGUUUGUGGGAAAGCUUUCCGCCACAUGAAUCAGGUUACUCAACAUCUCAGAAUUCAUACUGGAGAAAAACCCUAUACAUGUAUGGAAUGCGGAAAAUCCUUUAGUCAUAGUGGAAGCCUUACUACUCAUCUGAGAAUUCAUACUGGAGAGAAACCCUAUAAAUGUGGUGAAUGUGGAAAAGCCUUCAAUCAGAACAUUUAUCUUACUCAACAUCAGAGAAUUCAUACUGGUGAGAAACCCUAUACAUGUAAUAAGUGUGGUAAGAAUUUCAGGCAGUACUCGGCCCUUAGUCACCAUGAGAGAACUCAUACAGGAGAGAAACCCUAUACAUGUAUGGAAUGUGGGAAAGCUUUCAGUCAGAAGGGAACCCUUACCAAUCAUCAGAAGACUCAUACUGGAGAGAAACCGUUUAUAUGUGGUGAAUGUGGAAAAGCCUUCAACCAAAAUAUUUACCUUACAAAGCAUCAGAGAAUUCAUACUGUAGAGAAACCAUUUAAAUGUAACGAAUGUGGUAAGGCCUUCAAGCAGGUCUCAGCCUUAAAGCACCAUAAGAGAAUUCAUAACAGAGGGAAAACCCUGUAAUUGCAGCUAAUGUGGGGUAAAGCCUUUAGUCAACAAUAUUAAAGAAAUAAUGUUGGAGAGAAAAUGUGACCAGUGUACCAAAAUUUACUGUGAAAUCAUUAGGCUAGUCUCUUUUGAAUCUUAUUUAAGAGACUUUGUGGUAUGUCGGGGCUUGCUAUAAUUAGUGUAUCCUACAAAUGAAAGCAUCUAGAAGACCUCCCCUUCUAUUUGGGAAUCCCUCUUGUACUUGGACUCUGAGCUGAACAUCAUGGUCAGCAAGCAUUCGUUAAAUGCCUGCUAUGUACCAGGCACUGUGCUCAAGAUGACAGAGACAAAAAUGAAAGAGCUCCUCCCCUCACGGAACUUAAGUUUUUUGGUGAUGGGGCAGAGGAUCAAAAAAUCCUUCCUAUAGAAGGUGGAUUUUGAGCUGAGAUGUAAAGGAAACCAGGGAUUCCAAGGGACAGAGGUGGCAAACACCUCGUCUCACCCAAGCAUCCCUGUAUGAUUUUGAUAAGUAUAUGAGAGACCCCUUGAUAGCAAAUGAUGAAGCACAGGGGAAUCUUAUAUUUUCUGCACCUUUCAGUCAAUUGUGCGAGUGUAAAGAUGUAGAUGGCUAUAGAAUAGAAGUUCUUAAAGCUUGCCUAUUACUUUCUUCUAAUUUCAUCAAGAAUGUUCUUGAUAUGUGUCUAGAUUAUUCUUAUAAAGACUUUGUAGAGCAGGAAAUAGAAGCAUAUAGGUUAAUAGUUCUCCUCAGUUUGACUCCUGUUUCAGCAACAGAGAAUUUCAUGCUGGAGGAAAAAGUGGUACUGUUGCAACGACUGGGACAGCCUUUCGUCAACUCGGACACCUGAAGUUUUAUCAGGGGAAAAAACCACAUAAAUAUAAUGAGCUGUAGUGUUUGUGGAAUGGCCCUUCCUGCCAUGAACCAGGUUAUUCAACAUCUGAGACUCGAUCCUGGAGAGGAACCUGCAUAUUAUACCCCAAAAGCCUUUAGUCCCAGUGGAAGCCUUAUGAUGCAUUAGAGAAUUCAUACUGAAGAGAAAUCCUGCAAGUGUAUGCCAUACGGAAAAAAACCCCUUAGUCUUACUAGAAGCCUUAUUACACACCAGAGAAUUCCUAAUGGAGAGAAAUCCUAUAAAUGUUUCUCCCAGGGAAAAUGGAGGUCUUCAGUUGUAGUUUGCCCUUCAGCUUAUAUUCCACACAAAAGGGUCACUUGGCAGUGCAAAUAAGUCAGAGCUACAGUUUACAAAACAGUCCAGGAAUCAUUUUGCUAUACGGGACAGAGAAAUAGAACGUUUCCCCCCUUCCUUUCCUCUGGUAAUAUGUCAUUGCUGUCAAAAGACUGUAGGUUUGUACAAGGCCCAUUGGCAAGGAUAUACAUGUUUAGCUAAAAUAAUGUCUUCAAAAUGAAAAUAUUUCUUAAAAACAAAAAAUGAAUCCAUUCGUCAAAACGAAAAUAAUACUUUCCAAAAUAUUUAGUAGGUAACAUUUUAGUGUGAGGAAAUAAAUGAAACCUGUAAAUGAGCUGGAAACUUAAGGUGACAAAGGGGUUAAAGAAAACAUGGCAAGUAGGAGAAACCAAGAGCCAGAAAACAGUAUAAGUGGCAUGCAGUAUGUAGAUUAUGGUGUUCUUGGCAGCAGUUUGUCUGGAUCUGAAGGCAGACCUUUGUAGAAGGGGAAAAUGCCCUUGUUACCUCUAGUUUAUCUUUUGGAUCGUCUAGUCCCAUUGUUUGAAAGCAGCUUAGCUUAAGACAGGUGCCAAAAAGAAUCUUUAAAACUUCCGGCCGGACUGGAAGGAGAUACAGAACAAAAUUGUUUUCUUUGCUUGUUUUUGUAUGUUAAUUUGUUUCUACCAGUCUUGUAUGUUUGUUUUUGUUGAUUAUUAUUGGACUUAAUAAAAAAAAAUUGAGAUGAGUUCUUGAUUUGAAGACUCAAACUAGAAUCCCUAGAUACUAGCCAGUGGGGGAAGCAUUUCCAUGAAAGCCAAAGGGAUGCCAAAGGAGGUAAUCACAGAAGGCCCACUGAGGAAUGGAUAUUCAAGUUUAGGAAGUUUGCUAUCCUCAUGACAGGAAUUUAUGUCAACUUGGACUGGGCAUAUGCGGAAGAAUUUCUAUUUCAGGGAUAGGGACCUUCAAGUACUAUUGAUUUGGGAAUUACUGUAAUCAAUAUGUGGCUCUAAAAACAGACAAAAUCAGAUAGCCAUUCUUUAUGUCUGCUUACCUAAGAUACUAGAUAUUGCCUAGGAUAGUAGAGAAAGGGGUGAAUUUUGCUGAGUAUUACCAGAGACUUCAGAAGGUGGGCUAGUUUGUAUGGAUAGAAUGUGGAAGCCCACAGCAUCUUUAUGGGGAGACUGUAUUCAUAGAUCAAUUCUGAAGAAAGCUUAAAAAAAAAAAAGAGUUCAACUAAUUGUGUUCAUUCCAACUCUAAAUCUAUAAUCCUAUGAAAAGCUUCUUAGAAGUCAUGGAAUCUCACUAGUUCCCAAAUAGGAGCUAUGCAUGAACUCUUUAAAAAAAUUAUUUUUUUCUAUAAAUAAAAUUACUUUUUUCCUCUCUUCUUCCCACUGUCCCAUUUAAAUUUCUUAAGAUAAAAAUAUUUUAUUUUACCAAUUACAUAUACCCACUGUCUCAUUGAAGAAGAAAAAACAAAUAUGAAUAGUCCAGCAUGUGCACCCUUGGUCAUCACUUUGUCAGGAGGUGGAUGGUAUGUGUGUUUCAUCAAGGGUCUUCUGGAAUUGUGGUCAUUGCACUGAGUUCUUUAAAGCUGUUUGUCUUAUGAGGUUGCCUUGCCUUCCCCACCCCUAAGCUUCCAGGGAGCUUCCUAGUCUAGCAGCCAUUCCAUCUAGCUCCUGGUACUUGGUGGUACUUGGCCACUCCACGGCAAUUGUCUUUUCCUGCUCCUGCACCAGAGGCUUUCCUGGACAGUCUUAGCCACCAUUCCAGUUCCACAGGGCUGCAGACACUCCCAGAGGCCAACUACAACUUGACUGGCUCUUCCACCCUCAUUCCACUUUUCAACUGCUUCCUGACUGGGACAGCUCCACCUCCAGUUUGAACCUUGGUGGACAGUGAUGGCCCACCUGAAUGUAUUUCUUAAUGAUAAACAUGCCCCUGUCCUGUCAUUCCCUCCAUAUCCCAGUGAUUCCUGGCCCAGUUACCAUUGUUCAAACCCUUUUCUGGGCCCUCCAUUGACAGCUCCUAUAAUACUUUCCCCUUCAACAAAAGCCUUCCCAAAUCUCACUCGAAUGCUGCCCACCCUCAUUUACUGUGCUCUGAGAUGUGCUCCCUGGGUAAAUAUUAGCUUCCAUCUUAGAACGGUUUCCAUUCUGUUCUCUGAGCCCUGACUCCUGUUGACUGUCUUUCCUGGCCACCCUAUUCCAGCACUGGUUGCACUUCCACUCAUUCCCCCAAUUGGCCAAGCAACUCCUUUUUGCUCCCAUUGCCACGUCCAGGGGCUGUUAAAGCAGCGAGGAGGCUCAGUGGAUAGAGCACUAGGCCUGAAGUCAGGGAGAUGAGUGCAAAUUGAGGUUCAGACACUGGCAAUGAAUUGGGGAUGACAUCUACCUUGUAGAGUUUCAGGAUCAAAUGGAAUAAUAUUGAUAAAAUGUGUGGCAAACCUUAACUCUGUGGAUGGUAGCUGCCAAUACUUGUGUUCUUGACCUUGUUCUUUCAGUCUCUUUUGCUAGAUCUUCAUCUAGGUCUUGCCAGUUAGCUGUGGGGAUCUCCCAAGACACUGUCCCUGCACUUUCUUCCAUGCUAUUUCACUUGCUGUUCUUACACCAUACAGAUGAUUUUCAUACCAUUUAUCUAGCUCUGACAUCUUUCCUAACCUUAAGUCUCACGUUUCCAGUUGCCCAUUAUGUUUUUCUACCUAAUCUAGAAUGUAGACAUUCUAAACUUGACAUGUCCAGGGCUGAGCUCAUUGUCUUUUCCAAACCAUCACUCCUUCACUGGCCAUACUUUCCUUCCUUCCUGUGAUCUUUUGUCGCAUCUUUUUAAAUCUACACUGCUCCCUUUUUAAGUUUCUCGCUGUCUUACUCUAUCAAAGAUUGUGCCCUGCACAAAACUCAGGCUUGCAUUACCUAAUUCACUGCCUUGACUCCUCACAUGCUGCUGAACAAAGCUUGAGGACAAAAAUGAGGUAAAUGAAUCUACUACAAAUUUGUUAUGUAAUCUCUACUGGGUCCUUAUUGUGCAAUGGCAAUUCUUUCACAUCUCCCUGAUUGGUUCACUUUUCUACUCUUUCAUUCCUCCUCAAAACUUUCCUAGGUUCCUUUCCCUCCAUUUACUUUACCUCAUAUUUCACUGAAAAAAUUUACACCAUUCACUGAGAACUCCCUUAUCUCCUCUUUUCCAGAUCUUACAUCACCUGAGUGCUUAAUGUUACUUUUUCCUCCUUGAUCCCUGUCCAACACGAAGAGGUAGCUCUUCUUUCAAGCCCUCUACAUGCAUAAGUGAUCGAUCUCAUUUCAUCCUGUCUUUUCUAGCAAAUGACUCCUCCUAUCCCUACUUUCUCACUUAAUCUUCAAUCUCCAUCAAGUGGCUGCUUCCUUGCUGUUCAUAAAUAUAUUCCUGUCUCUGCCAUUAAAAACAAAACCAAAAAAACUUCAUCCAUCUAUUCUUGUUGGCUAUCAUCCCAUAUCUCUUCCCUUUCAUGGCUAAACUCCUUGAGAAAGUGAUGCUUCUACUUCCAUUCCACCAUUGUCAGUUGACUAAUCUAUGAGCGUUACAUUUUUUCAUUUAUUUUUAAUGUUAAGGUUUUUUUGAGUUCCAAAUUCUCUCUCUAGCUUCUCCCCAACUCAUCUAGAUUAUUGUGCAAAACAUUUCUGUCUUAGCCAUGUUGCAAAAAAGUGGAAAAAAAAAGUAUACUUCAGUUUGCAAUUAUCUCUAAAAGCGUAUAGCAUUUUUUAUCACCAGUCUUUUGAAAUUGUCUUAGAUCAUUGUAUUGAUCAGAGUAACCUUUUAAGAGUUGAUCAUCAUUAAAAUAUUGCUUUUACUGUGUACCAUGUUCUGAUGGCUCUGAUUAGUUCACUUUGCAUCAGUUCAUAUAAAUCCAAAAUUUUCUGAAAUCAUCCUGCUCAUCAUUUCUUAUAAUAAAAUCAUUUACCAUAACUUGUUCAGCCAUUGCUCAGUUGAUGGACAUCUCUUCAAUUUCCAAUUCUUUGCCAUCACAAAAAGAGCUCCUGUACAGAUUUCUGUUCAUAUAGAUGCUUUUCCCUUUACUUUGAUCUCUGGGAUACAGACCUAGUAGUAGUAUUGCUGAGUCAAAAAGUAUGUGCAUUUUGAAAGCCCUUUGGGAAGAGUUGCAAAUUUUUCUCCAGAAUGGGUGAACAAGUUCACAACUCUACCAACAGUGCAUUAGUGUACCCAUUUUUCAUCCUUUCAACAUUUGUCAUUUUCCUUUUUCAUCGUCUCAGCUAAUCUGAUAGAUGUGAAAUGGUGACUCAAAGUUUUUUAAAUUUACAUUUCUCCAAUCAGGGUUAAUUUAGAUUGUUUGUUCCCACAACUUUAGAUAGCUUUAAUUUCUUCACUUGAAAACUUCCUGUUCAUGUUCUUUGAUCAUUUUGGGAAUAGCUCUUUUUUUUUUUUUUCAAAUUUGACUCAGUUUCUUAUAUAAUUUGAGAAAUGAGGCCUUAUCAAUGAAAUUUGCUGUAAAAAAAAUCCCCCCCUCCCCAGUCUCCUGUUUUCCUUCCAAUUUUAGUUUGGUUUGUAUUUUUUGGUUUGUUUUGUACAAAACUUCUUAAUUUCAUGUAAUCAAAAUUAUCCAUUCCAGUAUCUUUGCCAAGAAGUCCCCAUGAACAAAAUCCACGUGGUCACAUAGAAUCAGACAGCCGAAAAACAAUUGUAUACCUAAUCUAUUUCUUAGUACCAGUUUGUUUUAAUGCUUACUGUUUCGUAACAUUGUUUGAAAUGUUACUUCUAGGCUGCCUUUCUUCACCUUUUUCAUUGAUUUCCCUGAAGUUCUUGACCUUUUAUUCUCCCAGGUGAAUUUUGUCACUUUGUUUUCUAGAUUUAUAAAAUAAAAUUCUUUGGUAUUUGAUUGGUAUGGUACUGAAUAAAUACAUUUAAGGAGAAUUGUCAGUUUUAUUACAUUGACUCUACCUACUCAUGAGCAGUUAAUAUUUCUCUCGUUUAUAUCUGUAUGAAAAGUGUUUUGUAAUUGUGUUCAUAUAGUUCCUGUGGGGUGAGAAGAUCAAAUUAACAUUACCUCAUAUUUCUACUGUAUUGAUUCUACAAUGUAAUUGAUUUUAUGCUGUAUUGAUUUUUUUUAUAAUUCACUCUUCAUUUGCCCAAAGCCCCCUUUCUAUGUCCUUCAGUUGAGCUCAGGAAUUUAGCUUUCCCUUAAGUUGGUUUAAAGUUAUGAUUAAUGGAAAAAACUGUUCCCUUUCAUACCUUCAACCCCUGAGAAUAUUCCAGGAUGUCUGUUUGUUAUCCUUAAAGGCCUACAUGCUGAUCUGGUAUAGUUUCACAAGGCAUAUAUUGUAUGUCUUUGCCUGUCCUUUUAUAGUUAGGGAGCAGUUUAUAUCCCUAAAAAGCCCUCCAAGGAUCCAGGAACUCUGUUGUCCGUGAUCCCUUAACAAUGCCCUCAGAUGGGUCCCACAAAUCAAUCACUGAUUCCUUAAUGAUAGGGGUGGUUGUUGGCCCCACAUGGGUACUGAACUGCUUUCCUUGAUGUAACCAACCACAUUGUCCCACUACUAUGAUGUCUACCUUGCCUUCCCCACCUACCCAACUCUGUUCUUUAUUCUCUUGUACUUCCCAAACUAUAUGAAGACUAGUAAGCCUUACCUCAGGGUCUUUGGUUAUUGAGAGGCCAUGGACCCAAUUUAUUGGUUAUUGCUAGCCUACCUAAUAAAUUGUUCAUGCUAA